AUGGGUUUCCUUGGGCGUUGGUUUAUAUUCUUUUUGCUUUUCCAAGCCCUUUUUCUGGUCUUGAGGUGUAUAGCCACAGGAAGUAAACAUGCUCAAGUGUUCCGCAUCUACGAAUUGCUGAAUAUUCAGUUCUUCAUGGCAUUGGCUUCGUAUCUUUUCUUUCAUUACAGAUAUAAGUUGUAGGUUCCAUGGCAUUAAAGUCACUCCUUUCAGAUUCUUGCAAAAGUUUUGUCAAACCAAUGAUACUAUUCUGAAGUUUAUCUAUUUUUUUAUAAUUGGGUGCGCUCACUUGGCUUAUAUUGGGCACUACGUGAGGACAGAAGAGAUCCCAGGGAUUGCUUUAUUAUGGUGAGAAUAACGUUUGUGUUAAUCCAAGCUGGUUCAGCUUCCUUUCUGUCGCCUUCUUCAUCCAUCUCAUGAUAUUUUCGAUUGGGUUUACUUUGGGGGAGCACAUCGUUUACUGGAUUCUACCUCAUCGACUUCAGCAUCCAAUUUUAACUUCAAAAAGUCUUCAUACAGGGAUUGCUGUCUGCUUGUCUGUCCUGCUGACUUUUUAUGGAGUGUUGUCGACUCGAAGCGACAUUAAUGUAAACCCUUCUCAAGUAUUUAUAAUUUUUAUAGGUUUACGAAGUAGAGGUCCAACUCAAAACAUUACCCAAAAGUGCGGAUGGUUUUACAAUUGCAUUAAUAACGGAUGUCCACAUCGGCCCCACAGUUCAUAAACACCGUGUGAAACAAAUAGUGGACAUUGUCAACAGCCUUGCUGUGGAUGCAGUGGCUAUUUCCGGGGACCUUGUGGAUGGAUUUGUAUAUAAUUUAGAUGAUGUUGCCGUGGAAUUGGCAAAUUUAAAGACGAAAUACGGAGUGUAUUACGCAACAGGGAAUCACGAAUAUUAUCACGACGAUGUUGACAAUUGGUUAAACUUCUUCAGAAAGAAUUUGAGUUUUAAUGUUUUGCAUAAUGAGAACAGAGUAGUGAAGGAAGGACUCUGCAUUGCUGGGGUCGAUGACUACCAUACACGAAAACUGUUUAUUGAAGGUAAUGUUGGAGAAAUCGUUUGAGUUUGAAUGGUUUUAGGUCAUUCGAUGGACCCGGGAAAGGCAUUUAAAGAGUGUCCCGACAAUCACACUUUAGUGGUCCUUGCACAUCAACCCAAUGCUGCUAUUCAGAUUAUGAAACUCUUGCCGAAUAAGGCAGAUCUGAUCCUCUCAGGUGCGUUGUCUCACACCAAAAAGUCAUCGUAGUUUAGGUCAUACGCAUGCUGGCCAACUCUAUGUCCUUUGGCCAGUUGCCUAUCUCGGGAACAGUUUCCUUCAUGGCCUUUAUCAAGACGUACUCACGAAGACUCAAGUAUUCGUGUCCGCCGGUGUCAAUUACUGGGGUCCCCCAGUUAAAAUGUGGCAGUUGUGCGAAAUUCCUUUGAUCAGAUUACGGGCGCCCUGAUGCAAGUUAUGAUUGCGUGUAAGUAUUCGCACGUUUGUUAAAUUGGUCUGACUUUACCUACUUCUUGGACUGUGAAAGUAAAAUAUAUCUUUAUAAGAUUGUUUGUUUUUACCUCUGAUAAAACAGUUACCAUCAUAAUGGCGGAGUUAUUUUAUGUGUGGAUUCGCAGAUUAUAAUUACCUUAGUCUUUUUGAUGUCGCUCAUUAUUUUAGGGUAUGAGUACAGGCGUUGAGAUCUGCAAGACAAUCAAAUUUACGCUUAUCAUCGUUGCUCUGAUUUUCACCUUUCGUUUUAUACUUAACCGGAUCAGUUUUUAUUACGUAAGAUUACACUAUUCUUCUAUUGAUUAUUUUUAGUUGUCCGGUAUCACUGGCUAUGAAUAUGGAAACGCCAAGCGGAUGUUUUCCAUCUUCCAACUAGUUUCGUUGAUGGCCAACCUUAGUUGGGUUAUCUACUUGCACAUGUUUUCGUUCUUCAAUCCACCAUUCACUUUAGUUUCAUUCAAAUCGAGAACUGUAAGUGUUAUACAAAAUGUUUUUGAUUUCUCAUUUUAGGAAUUGAAACGCGCUAAACGGAAGUGUUUGUAUUUAUUUUUGUUCGUGAUGACCGGUUCCCAUAUGGCCUACGUGUUUUACUUGUUUCCUUACAUUCCAUGGCCAUUGUUUGAGCUGUUUAAUAUCUUUUGCGGCCUGUGGAUGCACCUCUUUUUCUGUUCGGUUAUGUUUUAUUAUUCUAAUUAUGUUUUCAACAUUUUGAAGGUAGGUAGUUCAGUUGUCUUAAUGGCUAUUUACAGUUGUUUAAUUGGGGAAAGGUUUACUCCGGUCGGCUGUGGCGUUGUGAUCUCCUGCAUUUAUUUAUCAACGACCAUCAAUUCCAAGUUGUGGUCACCAUUACUUUCACUGUUGUGCUUUGCUUUGUUCAAUGGGUAUCAAGUGAUAAGCUCACCGUUCACAAAACUUCUUUUCAACUCAAUCAUCCUUUGAACGAUUCGAUCAGAGUACUUGUGUUGAGCGACCUUCAUUCAGGGGCAUCAGUUUAUACGGAUCAGAUCGCAAGUGUAGUCGAUCGGGUAAAUGAACUUGAUCCCGACCUCAUCUUCUUGGUCGGGGACACAGUAGAUGCUCCUGUGGAGCAGAUAAAAGACCGAGUUGAACCUUUGAGACAUCUGCGAAGUCGACUGGGAACGUUUCUUGUCACUGGAAACCACGAAUAUUACUAUGGAAAUUGGGGUGAUUGGGUUGUUCAUUUUGGAGAGAUGGGUAUAAAUGUGUUGCAGAACGGGUAAGGUCGUCCUUGUAUUGACUAAUUUAUUUUUUUAGAAUUGUGGUUGUUGGAAGCACGUGUUUUGUUGGUUUGAAUGACAUUUCUAGCAACAAGAGCGGGUAAGCGGGGUCCUUUAGAAGUAUACCUUUUAGGAUUUCGAACCAUUUUAUGGAUUUGAAAGCGAUAUCCGAGUGUAAGUCAGACCACAAUAUUGUGGUUCUUGAACACAAUCCAGCAGCGGCUCCCAAGAUUGUAAAUGCUUCGAGAGAGUACAACAGGACGGUCGAUUUGAUUGUCUCCGGUAAGAACAACACAUAUGCGUGUUUACGACGUCAUUCCAGGCCACACCCAUGCCGGCCAAUUUUAUGUUCUCGUUCCGUAUGUGUAUUGGGCCCUUCCUUUUUGGUAUGGAGUAUAUGAUGUGGGACCGAGCAAGCUCCUUGUUUCCGCUGGUACCCUUUAUCAAACAGCCCCCAUGAAAAUGUUGGGCAUGUCCCAGAUAUGGGUCUUGACUCUUAAAUAG